UACCUGGUGAUACGAAAGACGAUUUCAAUGGACUCUUCCAAGCCUACUGAGAGAUCGCCGAUAUCGCAGCGAUUGUUGUCGGGAGGUGUCCAACGAUCUCGACGAAUGACCGACAUUUCACGAAACCCUCACGGAAACCUUAUUAGGCAAUUGCAACGAAAAGCGCGGUUCGUAUUGGAUAACGUGCGAUUGGAGGAGGAGGAUCUUUGCGAGCGUUUCAAGAACAUGCAUCUCAACUACGAGGCGUGCAUAAAAAUAUCGAGCUACGAAGAUCCGAACGAGACGAUUCGUAUAAAGAUAAACGAACUGACGACGCAGAAAAAGAACCUGUUGGAAGAACUGAUACAAUUGAGAAAAAAAGCAGAUGACAAUACAAAGAAGCUCGCCUGUGUAAAGGCCAUGAUCGCAGAACAAGAAGAAAAGAACGCGAUAGAGAUUCAAAAAUUAAAGGAGAUUUCCAAGAACGCCGUAUCCAUUUCGCCAGAUAUAAAGAAACAGAUAGACAUUGUUUUGAAAAAUCAGGAAAUAAAUGAAAGCGAUGGCUAUUAA